GAUGAUGCCACGGAAAUCCAAUGGUCUGCGACAUUUGACCUUCACUUUUUCGUUCUACUCUCGCCCAUUCCACCAGGUUGAUAUCAUUUUUUAACAUCGUAAUUCGUUUACCUCAUCUCUCAUCAACCCAGCCUCGGCGUAUCCAAUAUGGCCUCGUUUCAGCGUAAGAUUUCCAAUAAGCCGCAAGGCACUACGGACAAGUCGGACCACAACCUCGAUGCUGUCGUUAUUGGCGCUGGCUUCUCUGGAAUCUACCUUUUCCACAGACUGCGCAAGGAAGGGUUCAAUGUCAAGCUGAUCGAAGCGGGAAACGCGAUUGGAGGCGUCUGGCAUUGGAACAAUUAUCCCGGUGCCCGUGUCGAUUCUCAGUAUCCUGUAUAUGCGCUGGCCAUUCCGGAGGUCUACGAUACUUGGCAGUGGACCGAGACGUAUCCAGGAGCGCCAGAAUUGCAACGUUACUUCAAACACAUCGACAACGUCCUAGACAUCAGCAAAGACACGCUCUACAACACCCGCGUCAAUUCCGCCACCUGGAACGACUCGGACAACACCUGGAAGAUCCAGUGCGAUAAUGGAACGUCCAUCACUACCCGAUUCAUGCACUGCUGUUUGGGCUUUGCCGCGAAACGCCACUUUCCCGACUGGAAAGGCCUCGAGGACUACAAGGGCUAUAUUUGCCACUCCUCUUUCUGGCCGGUCGAGGGUGUCGACAUGAAAGGCAAGCGUGUGGCCGUUAUUGGAAAUGGCGCGACUGGGAUUCAAAUUGCUCAGGAGGCUGCUCGCGAUGCCUCUCAGCUUGGCGUCUAUAUUCGAACUCCCAACACCACGAUUCCCAUGCAGCAACGGCCGGUCGAUCCGGUGCAAGCGAAAAAGGAUCUAGCAACAAUUGGUGACAAGCUAGAGCGACUAAGAUUCGAGAACGCCGGCGGCUUCCUCUUCACCGGGCAGAACAAGAACUGCUUCGACGACCCGCUCGAAGUGCGGGAGAAAGUGCUCAACGACGCCCUAGACUACGGCGGCUUCAAAGUGCUUUUCCAAUACAACGACCUGCUCACCGACGAAAAAGCAAACGCCUACAUCUACAGCGUCGUCAACAAGCGCAACCGCGCGCGCAUGACCAACGCCGCGAAGCGCGACCUGCUCGCCCCCGAAAUCCCCCCGCACCCCUUCAUGGGCAAGCGCCCGUCGCUCGAGCAGGACUACUACGAGCAAAUGGACAAGGACCACGUCGAGAUCAUCCCCAUCAAGCAGAACCCCGUCGACCACGUCACGGAGACAGGCAUCGUGACGGCCGACGGCAAGCUGCACGAGUACGACAUCAUCGCCAUCGCGACCGGCUUCGACAGCAUCACCGGCGGCUUCAUGGAGAUCGACAUCACGGGCGUCGACGGCGAGAAUUUGCAAAAGAAGUGGAACGGGCCGAAGGGCGCGUGGACGUACCUCGGCAUGUCGGUCGCCAAGUUCCCCAAUAUGCUGUUCACGUAUGGGCCGCAGGCGCCGACGGCGUACGGGAAUGGGCCGAGCAUUGUCGAGCCGCAGGCGGAGUUUAUUGUAGAUGUUAUGAAGAAGAUGAAGGCGGAGGGGAAGACGAAGAUUGAUGCCAAGGAGAAGGCGGAGCAGGAUUGGAAGGAGCUGGUGAAUACGAUGCACGAGAAGACGUUGAGGCAUAAUGUCGAUUCGUGGUAUAUGGGCACGAACAUUCCCGGCAAGCCCCGACAAGUCUUGAACUACGCCGGUACACUGCCAAUGUACAUGAAGACGAUUCGGGAAGUGCUGGACAAGAACUACGACGGCUUCACGGUGACUUAGACGUAGCAUGGCGGUUCGCGAUUUGCAAGGAAAGAUAGAAUGUGAUC